AUGCAACCCAGCGCACCUAAAGAAUCUCCGAGCCAGAUUAUAGCUAGAAGAUAUGUAUGUGAGUUACUUGAUUUGGAAGAGAGUGGUGGAAGAAGGGAAGAGGGCUAUAGAAGCCGGGCAAGACAAUCAAGCCAGAUCGGACAAUCAAGCCAGGCAAGACAUUCAAGUCAGGCAAAACAUUCGAGCCAGACCGGACAAUCAAGCCAGGCAAGACAUUUAAGCCAGACAGAUUUUGCAAAACAAAUAGAAAAUGCAAGACGAUUAGAGCAUGCCAAGGAGGACGAACGCAGAAGACCAACACAAGAUGCAAAACAGCGAGUAAAUAGCGAGAAUGAUAGAACCAAGGAACAACUUGAGCGGGAACACACCACGGAGAUGUCAGCGAGAAUGAAGCGAGAGCGAAAGAAUUCAGAGACAGCUUGA